AUGGCAUCAAUCUUAAAAGCUCAGAGGGCCAAUGCAAUCAAGGCAACGCACACCGGCGACCGUAAAGGAAAAAAGAAAGCAGACGAUAUGAAGGAAUUGGAUGAUUCAGAUUCUGGAGAGGAGAUGCAGGAAAUAGAAGCAGUACCUGCAACUAAGAGCAGAAAGAAUAAACAGAGGGUUCUCUUGCUUUCAUCGCGAGGAGUUACUCAUCGUAUGAGGCACUUGAUGAACGAUCUCGAAGUCCUUCUACCGCAUGUGAAGAAGGACUCAAAGCUCGACUCGAAAUCACAACUACAUCUACUUCCUGAACUUGCGGAUCUCAACAACUGUAACAACACCCUUUACUUCGAAGCUCGAAGACACGAAGACCUGUAUUUAUGGGCUGCCAAAAUGCCAAACGGACCCAGCAUAAAAAUGCACGUCCAGAACGUGCACACUAUGGACGAACUAAAAAUGACUGGGAAUUGUCUCAAGGGAAGUAGAGGCUUACUGAGCUUUGAUAAAAACUUCGACGAGACAGAAUGGGGUAAAUUGACCAAAGAGCUUUUCACGCAUAUAUUUGGUGUUCCACCAACUGCCCGCAAGGCUAAACCUUUUGUGGACCACAUUCUCACAUUCUCCAUCGUAGACCAGAAGAUAUGGUUCCGUAAUUUUCAGAUGAUAGAGAAAGAUCCACUAGCCCCGAAUGGUCCUCCUCAGAUGACGCUGGUAGAAAUUGGCCCUCGUUUUGUCCUCACACCUAUACGCAUUUUCGAGGGCGCAUUCGGCGGCGCGACAGUUUAUUCUAAUCCAGAAUUCGUCACACCUGCUGCUGUGCGAACUGCGAUCAGGAGAGAACAAGGCAAAAAGUACAAUGUACGCAAAGAUGCAGAGCAAGCAUCGUCUAUUCGCAAAGAAAAACGUAGAAGAGCAGAGAAUGAGCUGGCUGUAUCCAAGAUGUUUGCUUGA